AUGGAUGAAUUAUUGUUCAUUAAAACGUAUAAAACAAAUAGUUUAAAUUAUCUAUCUAUCUAUCUAUCUAUCUAUCUAUCUAUCUAUCUAUCUAUCUAUCUAUCUGUGUUUGUGGGUCCACUGGCUGCAAUAUCUAUCUAUCUAUCUAUCUAUCUAUCUAUCUAUCUAUCUAUCUAUCUAUCUAUCUAUCUCAGACAUUAUCUAUCUAUCUAUCUAUCUAUCUCAGACAUUUUUUAUCUCUUUUUUAUCUCUUUCUUUCUUUUCUUUCUUUCUUUCUAUCUAUUUCAGACAACAGUUCUCUCUCUGUAUCUAUCUAUCUCAGACAGUUCUCUCUCUCUCUCUCACUAUCUAUCUAUCUAUCUAUCUAUCUCAGCAAGUCAUUUAUCUCUUCUGUUCUUAUCUAUCUAUCUAUCUAUCUAUCUAUCUAUCUAUCUAUCUCAGUUGGUUUAUAUCUGUUCUGUUCCUAUCUAUUUAUGUAUCUAUCGCAGUCUGUUUAUAUCUAUCUAUCUAUCUAUCUAUCUAUCUAUCUAUCUAUCUAUCUAUCUCAUUCCACCUUUUGAUUUCUUUCAUUCUCCUUUUACACGUUGUUUCUUUUUGUUCUUUUUUUUCCUUUCGUUCAUGUUAUCUUUUUCGAUUUAUUUCUUCUUUCUUUCUUUCUUUCUUUCUUUCUUUCUUUCUUUCUUUCUUUCUUUCUUUCUUAUUCUAUUCAUCUCUUUAUUGUUUUAUUUUUCUUUCUUUCCUACUUAUUAUUCCAUAUAUUUCUUUCUUUCUUUCUUUCUUUCUUUCUUUCUUUCUUUCUUUCUUUCUUUCUUUCUGUUUGUUUUACUUUUUCUCAAUCCUCCAGACAGUUUCUUUCUUUCUUUCCUUAUAUAUUUUCUUUUACCUUUUUCUUUCUAG